AUGGAUGAUAAUGCUUCUAAAUGUGGAGCAGGAAAUCGUUCGAGUCUCUACACUAAGAACAUAGUUGUUCCAUCCUCAGUCUUCAGCACCAUCGCACCUUUGGCUACCCUGACGGAAAUUGUGGCUCUGGGGUGCUACAAUGAGCCGGUGGUUGGUGACCGUGCCUUAACCAGUAACGCCAUAUUUCUGGAUCUCAUGACGGUCGAGAAGUGUGCUGCUGCUUGUGCUGGAUACAAAUCCUUUGGACUCGAAUAUUACUAUGAAUUCUAUUGUGGGAAUAAUAUAAACACUGGCAGUGGGGAAGUCGCCUCGACUGAAUGUUCGUUUCCUUGCACAGGAGACAGUACCCAGACUUGUGGCGGAGGUUACAGACCCAACACGUAUACUAUUUGGGAGUUAACUUCUUCAUCGACCGCUGCUGCUUUACCAACACUCACACUAACUUCAAACUCGGCAUACCGUCCCUAUGGAUGUUACACAGAAGCAACAGAUCAGCGUGCGCUCACUGGAGGAAGCUUCUAUAACGACUUUCUGACAAUUGCAAAGUGCGAAGCGGUUUAUUCGGAGUACAAGUUUUUGGAGUUGAAUAUGGACGGGAAUGUUACUGCGGGAAUGCUUUUAACACUGGAAGUGUUCUGGAUAAUUUUCCUUCGGAAUGCUCUUUUAGAUGCUUAG